UGAUAAAUGUUGUGAAGCUGCAAUAUUUCUUAAUUCGUAUAACCUGAGUUGCAAUUGAAUCAAUUUCCGCCCAUAAACCUGGGAGAAUAAUCCUAGAAGUUGAAUUGAAGAAGCUACGAAUCAGAAUUCCCACAAAAUGGAUCUGAAUCCGCCUCCAGGGGAGAAUUAUGGUCAUCCACAGAUAUGCUUCUUCCAUGUGUUUUUUAAGGGUGCUGCAUUGGCAUUUUAUAUUCUAUCAGCUCUCUUUGUCAACAGUUUUGUCAUCAUAUUUGUGGUCACUGUACUUCUAGCUGCUCUUGAUUUUUGGGUGGUCAAGAAUGUCAGUGGACGCAUCUUGGUGGGCCUUAGAUGGUGGAAUGAAAUAGAUGAGGGUGGUGAAAGUGUGUGGAAAUUUGAAUGCCUUGACCAAGAGUCAAUGGCUCGGAUCAACAAGAAGGAUUCAUGGCUGUUCUGGUGGACUUUAUACCUUACAGCAGUAUUAUGGAUCUUUUUUGCCAUAUUCUCUCUUGUUAGGCUGCAAGCUGAUUAUUUGCUUGUUGUUGGUGUAUGUUUGACCCUUAGCAUUGCCAAUAUUGUUGGGUUUACUAAAUGCCGUAAAGAUGCCAAGAAGCAGCUUCAAGCAUUUGCUACGCAGACCCUAGCCACUCGUUUCCAAUCAACCAUUCAAUCAGCGUUUAGCGUUGUUUGAAGGAUUCACAACUAGAUUACAUGAGAGGAGGAAAAAGAUCGCAUGAUGUAUAUAUAUCACAUUCUAUGGUAGAGUGACUAUGCGGCAGCUUGAUUUUUCCCCUUCCUGGUUACAAACAGCUGAUUUCCGAAGAUCCUGUAAUACCUAAAAAGGUGGAGAACUUGUUAGGAAUCACAUUGGUUUUUUUCAUUGCUUUCACCUCAUUUUGGCUUACAAUUUACACUGUUGAAUUCUCAUCCACCUAAAAAAAGAUGACAUGGGAAUUGGAAUAUAGGUGCGCUUUAUGUAAUCUAUAGCUUUCUAUAAUUGAAAAAGUAAAUUUUGUGGGGCUUUCAA